UGGAACUUAAGCUUCUCGUUUCAGCUCAGUCUGCUGCUGUCAUGGUGGAUAGAAAACAUCUGUGACCUGCAGCACGUUGGAUUCUAAGGAGUCGUGCCCGAAGAGAAAAUAUGUGAUGUACAGUGUGUGGGAAGAGUACCCCAACAGACUUGCGCCAGAGUAAAGUAUGCAGCUGCAGAAAGCCGCAUGGAGGGACAGCUUUGUUUGAGGAAGAACCUGGGACCAGGCUUGAGUUUGAAUACUGACUUUGUCUGGAUUUUAUCUUGGUCACUUGACUUAAUUCAUACGAUAUUAUGUUUAUGUGUUUUAAGCCCUAACAUAGGAGUUUCGUGUCUUCCAAAGUUCGUCACUCGCUGUCGUCUGGUAUUGCAAAAUCAGUUCCUUUUGUGGUUUUUCUGUCUCGUGCCUGCAUCCUGUUUGUGGUAUGACAGAGGCUUAAUAGCAAAUGUGAUGUGAUUGAAAGCACACUUUAUUACUGACUGGCAGCACUGGGAUCAAGGUUCACGUUGUGCCACAGAGUCAGGAGGAGGUAAUUUUUCAGUCUGGCAAAAAAUGUAAUAUCACUCUUCUGUGUGACUUUUGUUCCAAAACAAGCAACUGAUUCUCAAAGAACUACAAGUGCAGAACCUCAAGAGCAUCUGUGAUCAUUUUAAAAGGGGUCUGCUCUCCAGAGUCCUUUUGAUCUCCGGGAUAUUUCCGGAUCUGUAAGGAUUUCAUCCGGAUCCACUUGUGACUUGGUUUCUGUUGUUUGCAUCAGGUCUGUGUGGAAUGUCUGGCCAUCUGUAUCUCCAGAUGUGUAUUGAUGCUGGAACGAGACCAGCAUACUGUGACUGGGACACACAUGUAGACUUCGUCCUUGGAAGUAAGGGAUGUUAAUACCGUCACACAGCUGAUGAAUCCAGACUGACAAAUGGAGAGUUCGCACACACAGGCAGCUGGUUUCCGUGAAGAUCAGUCGCAUAUCGAGAGCCCUGUAGUGACUUCAUCCUUUGCCUUACAGCUAGAACUAGAAUGCAUUGAUGGAGGAGGCAGUUAUGACGUAGUUAACAACGCUGUGAUCUCAACGCCUGGCCCACAAAACUACAGAUCCCAAAAUGUGUCCUUGCGACAAAGCUGGGAGAUGAACUACCAAGAGGCAGCCAUCUACCUGCAGGAAGGAGAGAACAAUGAUAAGUUCUUCACUCACCCUCGAAACCCAAAGGCACUUGCGGCGUACCUGUUUGCGCACAACCACCUGUUCUACAUGAUGGAGCUGCUGACAGGCCUGCUGCUGCUGAUGCUCUCACUGUGCGAGGCUCCUGCUGUACCCUCACUGCGCCUGGAUGUCUAUACGUGUGUGUUACUGGUACAGUUUGUGGAGGCCAUAGUGGUUCUGAUCCGACAAACUUCUCACAUGCGAGUGACCAGAGCGCUCAGACCAAUAUUCCUGGUGGACUGUAGAUAUUGUGGUGCUGUGCGCAGAAACUUGCGUCAGAUCUUCCAGUCUCUCCCGCCUUUUAUUGACAUCCUCCUGCUGCUGCUUUUCUUCAUGGUUAUAUUUGCUAUUCUUGGCUUCUGUCUCUUCUCCACGAACACCUCUGAUCCGUACUUCAACACUAUGGAGAACAGCCUUGUCAGCCUGUUUGUGCUGCUGACCACAGCAAAUUUCCCUGAUGUGAUGAUGCCAGCAUACUCCAAGAACCGCUGGUCCUGUGUUUUCUUCAUUGUAUACCUCUCUAUCGAGCUCUACUUUAUCAUGAACCUGCUCCUGGCGGUCGUGUUUGAUACAUUUAAUGAUGUUGAGAAAAUGAAGUUUAAAUCUCUGUUGCUUCACAAACGCUCUGCUAUCGACCACGCCUUUCAGCUGUUAGUUAGCCGUCAGAGACCGAUGGGUGUGUCUCUGAAGCAGUUCGAUGGUCUGAUGCGUUUUUACAGACCACGCAUGUCUGCAAGAGACCGAUUCCUCACUUACAAAGCUCUUAACACAUCAGGGGCUCCCAUGCUCAGCCUGCAGGACUUUUAUAAGUUCUAUGAGGUCACUGGCCUUAAAUGGAAGGCACGUCGCAGUGGAGAACACUGGUUUGAUGAUCUUCCACACACAGCCUUCCUCAUUUUCAAAGGUAUCCAUUUGCUUGUGAAGUCAAAGGCCUUUCAGUAUACUAUGUAUGUGGUGGUGGCCAUCAACGGUGUUUGGAUCCUUGUGGAGACGUACCAGCUGAAUAGUGGAUUUUCCUGGUCCAAAUUGGUUCCCUGGAGUUACAUUGUUUUUCUGACCAUUUAUGGUGUAGAAGUGUUAUUGAAAAUAUCAGGUUUGGGGCCAGUUGCCUAUUUCAGCUCUGGGUGGAAUCUGUUUGACUUCUCUGUGACGGUUUUUGCCUUCUUGGGCCUCAUUGCUCUUGCCUUCGAUAAGGAGCCGUUCUACUUUAUUGUAAUUCUCAGACCGCUUCAGCUGCUAAGGUUAUUUAAGAUAAAGCAGAGGUAUCGUAAUGUUUUAGACACCAUGUUUGAGCUCUUCCCCAGGAUGGCCAGUCUAGGGUUGACAUUAAUCAUCUUCUACUAUUCCUUUGCUAUUGUGGGAAUGGAGUUCUUUGCAGAUGUGGUUUACCCCAACUGCUGCAAUACGAGCACAGUGGCCGAUUCCUACAGACUGAUCAACAACACACAAGGCAACAAAACAGUGCUGGAAGAGGGCUACUAUUAUCUCAAUAACUUCAACAACAUCCUCAGUAGCUUUGUGACUCUGUUUGAACUGACCGUGGUCAACAACUGGUACAUCACUAUGGAAGGAGUGACGUCUAUGACGAGCCACUGGAGCCGUCUGUACUUCAUGACUUUUUAUAUAGUUACGAUGGUGGUGAUGACCAUUAUUGUGGCGUUCAUUUUAGAUGCAUUUGUGUUCCGCAUGAACUACAGUCGCAAGAACCGGGAACCGCUAGAAAAUCCAGAGGAUGAGAAUGGGAUCGUGUUUGAAGUAGAGGUGAGUCGUGAUGACGUUCUCGCCGCUCUCGAGUUGUACAAACAGAUGUGCCCAGGAUCGUCUUCCCUCAGCUCUCUCCAGGGAGUCUUACAGACUAUGGACAAAAGUGGGCACUCGUCUUUAGUGUACCUAGGUCGCAGGUCUAGGACGAAGAGCGACCUCAGCAUGAAAAUGUACGAGGAGGAGAUACAGGAGUGGUAUGCAGAAUAUUCGAGGGAAGCCCUGCCUGAACCAGACCAAAGCCUGGAGCGGGAUCCAGACAGCCCCAUGCCUGACUUGUCUCCCUUCCCAGAGCCUCAGCUCAACUCACAGACUGGACCUCACAGCAUCAAUUAAUGCAAAGUUUGCUAGGGAAACAUGCACAUUGUCAUUCCAACGUUUUCCUUUAAAGGCAAAAUCAGGAAGCCUGGACUCCCAUAUUAUGUGUGCAUAUACUGCUGUUGGCCUUUUGUGCCCUAUGGUAAACCAUGACGCAUCUAAACCUGAUGCCUUAGUUUAACGACUCCUCUGAUCAGUAUUAACACACCCACUGAGUUUUCCAAAGACCGAACUAUAUAAACACUUAAUACUCCUUUUAGCUCAACUGAACAAAUUAUGACAUUUUCCCUCAACUAAUGUCUCAGCAGACUUAUAAUAUUUUACUUUUAUAUAACUUCGUAUUCUGUAAUGUAUUUGAGUUUAUUUGAAUAAACUGUUAGAACUUGU